CAUUAUCUGUGCCCUACUAGUUUCUUGCAAGGACACACAGUGUCCUCCUUCCUUUUCGAGAUCGAUGCGAAUCGCUCUCAGAACGCUGUUGGUGAGGAGAUGCAAAGGAAUUGAAUCUCAAUUCCAGUAAUAAAUUCUCUUUUGUGUUUUUCAUUGAUCGUUUGCCUGUUUUUUUGGCUAGUCACCGCUUAAUCGGGGUGUACGUGCUAUACUCGUCUUUUGUUGUGGUUUUUAGUUGCGUUACUUAAUCUUAAGUAUUUUGAGUUUAGGUGCUCUGACAUUGUUCAAUCGCAGUUCGUUUUCUGUUAAUCGAAGCUACUGGUUUGAUUACUUGAUCAAUAUUGGGUUGUUGGUCAUCAGCUUAGGUUAAUCUGUUUGUAAUGCACCAGCUUCUAGGGGAAGACGACUCAAGGUUCAUGGAAUCACGGGUCUAAACUAAUACACAAGGCGUUUUACUUGGUAGGGCUAUUGUUACUAAUUCAUUCCUCAUAGCAUACUUCUUGGAGUUGGGGGCUAUUAGAAUAGAGGUGUAUUGGAUAGUCUGAAUCUGUUUUAGGAAAACCUGCAAAGCUAGUGAUGGCUCCCAAUCCCAGAGUUGCAAAAGCCUUUCGUGCUAUGAGAGAGAUUGGGAUUCCUGAAGAGAAAACAAAACCAGUGCUGAAAAACCUUCUUAAACUCUAUGAAAAGAAUUGGGAGCUUAUUGAAGAAGAAAAUUAUCGAGCACUUGCAGAUGCUAUUUUUGACAGCGAGGAGACAGAGGCAGUAGAACAGAAGAAAAAACAUGAUAUUGCUGAAGCUGAAGCUAUAGAACAGAAAAAGAAACUCGAGCUAGCUGAACGGAUGAAAGUCAUUGAAGAAGAAACACAAAUUCCAGAAGAGCCAGAAAGGCCUUUAAAGCGGUUGCGUUUAAGGCACCAAGAUGGACAUGCUUCACCCUCUUGCACCACCUCCAGCCCUAAUUCAAAUGGCACACCACUGAAAAAGCCAAAACUGGAGAUUGAUGACAUUCCUUAUGCUAUACCUCGGACUCGAUCACAUGCCAAAACUAAUGAAUCUCAGCUUGUUUCACCUCAAUCACAAAGUAGAAACAAGGGGAAGCAACCUGUUUCAGACUGUAACACCCAACCAGAUGUCACAAAUGAAACAGGAGGUGAUUCUGCUAUCCGAUCAAGGCAUCCGAAAGACAAAGGGAAAGAACCUCUUUUACCUCAAACUGGCUUUCAAGAAAAGAGGUCAACUUCUGAUAGGCCAUCAUCCCAUGGAGUGAGGUUUAAAGAGCCAAAGGUGAAGCAGAGCCCUCUUGCAUUAAUAAAGCCCAAAGAUGAGCCACUCACAGAUGACAACACAUCAAAGGUUGUGGUGCCUCUUGCAGUGAUAAGACCAGAGUCAUUGACCAAUGGAGAUUCUUCAACUGAAAAUGGUCCAGUCAGCGAGGCUGCUCAACUGAUUGCAGCGGUCAAUGAUGAGUCAACAACAAAAUUAGAUAUUGCUUCCUCAUCUUCUGGGGAAAUCAAGAUGUCUUUGACCUGUAAUAUUGUAGGAAAACCUAACAUAUCUAUCACGGAUGUGGAUUCUGUAUUGAAAACAAUGGAAGAUAAAUGUCUUAAUUCGGUCAAACUCCUGGACCCAAGUAUUUCCAUAAAGCAACUGAUGAAAGACAUGUGUGAGUGUCUUCUGGAUACUGACACCACCUCUACACCACCUGCUAAACCAUCCGGAAGAUGUUGUGUAGCUGAUCCAGACACUAAAGACAUGCCAUCCGACACCAAUGGCUCAGUCAAUGAAAGUCAAAGGGUCACCGAAGAUGAUUGUGAAAAUGGUGUUCAUAAUAAUACAGAGUCAGUUUCUGAUGUCAUAAGGUCUACCCAUGAUGUGAAUGACAUAGCUAAAGGGCAAGAAUCGGUAAUAAUUUCAUUGGUGAACGAUGUGAACAACGAGUGUCCUCCAUCUUUCCAUUACAUUCCCCAAAAUGCAGUUUUCCAGAAUGCAUAUGUUAACUUUUCACUUGCGCGAAUCAGUGAUGACAAUUGUUGUUCCACUUGUUUUGGUGAUUGUCUGACAUCAUCAACGGUUUGUGCUUGUGCACUGCAGUCUGGUGGUGAGUUUGCAUACACAAAAGAGGGUCUUGUGAAAGAGACGCUUUUAGAUGAAUGUAUAAAAAUGAACCGGGACCCUCAAAAGCACUGUUUGUUUUACUGUAAGGAGUGUCCACUUGAAAGAUCAAAAAAUGAAGGGAUCACAGAGCCAUGUAAAGGACAUUCUGUAAGGAGUUUUAUAAGAGAAUGUUGGUUAAAAUGUGGAUGCAAUAAACAGUGUGGUAAUCGUGUAGUACAACGUGGUAUACAACGUAAAUUACAGGUGUUUAUGACACCUGGAGGAAAAGGGUGGGGUCUGAGGACACUUGAGGACCUACCUAAAGGUGCUUUUGUUUGUGAAUAUGUUGGAGAAGUGUUGACCAAUGCAGAACUGUAUGAUCGGGUUCAAAAAAGUUCAAAUAAAGAUGAACAUGCUUAUCCAGUGAAUCUUGAUGCUGAUUGGGCUGCAGAGAGUGAAUUAAAGGAUGAAGAAGCUCUUUGUUUGGAUGCCACUUAUUAUGGAAAUGUCGCUAGAUUCAUCAAUCAUCGGUGUUGGGAUCCAACUUUAGUGGAGAUUCCAGUGGAAGUUGAGAAUCCGGAUCAUCACUACUAUCAUCUUGCCUUCUUCACUACAAGAAAGGUGAAAGCCCUAGAAGAGUUAACAUGGGAUUAUGGCAUUGAUUUUGAUGACGAGACACAUCCCGUGAAGGCGUUUCAAUGCCGAUGUGGCAGCAGGUUCUGUCGAAACAAUAAACGUCCAAACAGACACAGAAGAAGAAGAUACACUUAAAGUUAAGAUCCGUUUUUGAAGCUCAUAAUUCUAGCCAUGGUGAUGGUGAUGGUGAUGCUGUUUCAUAUCUAUCUUAUGUAUUGUACUGCAUGUAAUAACCAAACGUCAAGGCUUAUUUUAGGUAUUUUGGUAGACUUUUUUUUUGUACCUACAAAAUCCAUAAAAAACCAUUACAACUUUGAAUCUCGACUUUCACUUUAUUUCUUGUAUGUGGUUUGGUUUGUGUGCGUAUUCUAUUUCUCUCCACUGUGAAGCUGACAAAUAAAGGUGCGUUACCUUGCAUACAUCACCAUCCAGGCUGCGGAAUGACCAAAUUCCAUUUCCAUGGCAUCAACUUAUAUUAUUUGUGAAAGAAAUUAUAGAAUUUAGAAUACAUCUCUGUAAACUAGUGAGCUGAAAGCGCAUACGAAACACAUGUCCAGUGACAACACGUUCCCUAAUAAGAUAUAACUAUAUUUCCA